CAGACAACAACACUUCAGCCCGGUGCUCCCCACGAUCAAGGGUCUGGACUCGGGAGGACCAAAUGAUCAUAUACAACAAGACACUUAAUUUGACCACAAAAGCUGACUCUGGCCAACAGACGAACAAACAACUCCCGGAGUUUCCAAAACUGUGCGUGUGUGUUGAUGUUGCCGGUCUCGUUUGUGUCACUUUGGGAGGAGGAGGAGGAAACAGGAGAGCUCAUCGCACCGUAGGCUAGUUCUACACCGCGUUUGGGGCGCUCCGAUGGGCGAUGAAAAGCCGCCUGAUGUGGGUUUCAGUUCGGAUGAGGUCCGGAAAGAGCCCGGUCCCGAUCCGCAGCCCUGUUCGGACGAGGCGGAUCAUGUGGCCAUCAGGUUCAAAGUGUACCGACGGAGAUGGUUCAUUCUGCUGGUGCUGUGCCUUCUCAACUGCUCCAACGCCAUGUCCUGGUUGACCUUUGCCCCUGUAGCGGAUGAGAGUGGAGCUGCGUUGGGGGUCAGUGUGGACCAGGUGAACUGGCUGUCUCUGGUCUACAUGGUCACGGCUAUCCCACUAGCUGCCAUCUCCACAUGGAUGCUGGACACAUGUGGACUGCGGCCCACGUUGAUCCUGGGCGCCUGGUUGAACAUGCUGGGUGCUGUGUGUCGCGUGGUGGGGGUGUUGCACUGGGUGCCCCCCGCCUGGCGUUUCGGGGUGGUCCUGGGGGGUCAGGUGGUGUGUGGCGCCGCACAGCCGCUCGUCAUCUUCACCCCCACCAAGCUGGCCGCCGUCUGGUUCCCACGGCAACAGAGGGCCACCGCCAACAUGGCCGCCUCCAUGGCCAAUCCACUGGGAGUUCUGAUCGCCAACCUCCUGUCUCCUCUCCUCCUCUCCUCCUCAGGAGACCUCUUCAUUCUACUCCUGGUCUACUCUACUCCGGCUGUGUUGGCAUGUUUCCUAGCAACGCUGGGCAUCCGCAGCAGUGCCCCCCCAACGCCCCCCUCCCCCAGCGCCCAAAACUCUACAUCCGAACCGUUCCUCAAGGGCGUACGCAUGCUGCUGAGGAAUAGAGCCUACCUGUUGCUGCUGGUGUGUUUUGGAUCAGGAGUGGCCGUCUUCACCUGCUUCUCCUCUCUACUGGAGCAGAUGCUGUGUGUCAAGGGAUAUACUAACGAUUUUGCAGGUCUGUGUGGUGCCCUCUUCAUCCUGUGUGGAGCGUUGGGGGCGGCGGCUCUGGGCGCCUACGUGGACCGAACCAGGAAGUUCACAGAGGCCAUCAAGGUCAACAUGUGCCUCUCGUCUAUUGGCUGCUCAGCAUUCGCAGUGUUUUCCCAGAUGCGUUCCCAGCGUGUGUGUGUGGCGCUGGUGUGUUGUGCGUUCGGCCUGUUCGGUUUCUCCAUCUACCCAAUCGGCAUGGAGCUCUCGGUCGAGUGCUCAUACCCUGUUGGAGAGGCGACAUCCGCAGGACUCAUAUUCAUAGCUGGGCAGGUGUUGUCGAUGCUCUACAUGUUUCUUCUUCAGGCCCUGACGAGGCCACUAGCCGACUCUCCACUGUCUGUGUGUGCUGAAGGAGAGACUUUUAGCUGGAGAGUCCCUGUGCUGGUGCUGGCGGGGCUGUGGUGUUUGGGGACGUGUGUGUUUGUGUGUUUCUUCCGUACGGAGUACAAGAGACUACAAGCUGAAGAGGAGACAGAAGAGGACGGAGAGAAAUACAAUGGAGGAGCACACACCAUACAAUAA